AGGAAUAAAAUCAUUCUUCCAAAAGUAUCAUAAACAAAAAGUAUAUUAAAAUAUGUAUAUAAUUGACAAAAAUUUAGUUAUUAAUAAUGUAAUUUUUUAAUCAGAAUCUUCAAGUAGCAGUUAAUUUGUAGUGAAAAGUUCAAUGUCAUGUUUGCCCGAUUGUAGUUGCUCAAGAAUUGAUCAGGAGACUGAUUCUGUUGAAGAACCUAUUGCUAAUGACGAAUCCUCCUACCAACCAUUGUCUGAGGUAUCUUAUUUGUCUGAGGCUAUUCCUCUGCUACCAAAAGAUUCUGCAAUGAUCAGAUAUGGAGCUGAUCCUUCUCAUUAUCAACUAAUAGCAGUAAUUGGAAAAGGUUUAAAGGAAGCAGCUACCAUAUCAUUAGCUAGGCAUUUACCAUCGGGUCGUCAUGUAACUGUUCGGAGGACAAAUUUAGAUUUGUGUUCUGAUGAUAUUGCAUAUAUUCAGCAACAAUAUUAA